UGGAGUGAAGAGAUGGAGAGACUCCUCAUCUGUUUUUACGCCGUGUAAAUUGCCAUGACGACAGAGCCAAAUUCAGAGGUAGAAGGCCAGCCGGAGCAGCAGGGGGCAGGUGCGGCUCCGCCCCACACAGCCCCACCCAUCGACGACCAGCUUCCACCUGCAGCUGCCCACAGCACGCCAGUUAAAAAAGAGCAGAACGGUGCAAGAGAGACAGGUGUUGCUGCCCAGGGGAAAACCGAUCAGCAGUCAACUGAGGACGAGUCCACCCCCUACAAGUCCACUUCCAGCAAGCUCUCCAAGUCUCCCGUCAAGGUUACCAAGAAGCCAAAAAACAUGCAGUGCAAAGUCACACUUCUUGAUGGGUCGGACUACACUUGUGUGGUGGAAAAACGGGACAAAGGCCAGGUGCUUUUUGACAAAGUCUGUGAGCAUCUUAACCUGCUGGAGAAGGACUAUUUUGGGAUCACAUUCCGUGACGUAGAAAACCAAAAGAACUGGUUGGACCCAGCCAAAGACAUGAAGAAGCAAAUCAGGGGAGUUGCCUGGAAUUUUUCCUUCAAUGUGAAGUUUUAUCCUCCAGACCCUGCUCAGCUCUCUGAGGACAUCACAAGGUAUUACCUGUGUCUCCAGCUGAGAGAUGAUGUGGUGUCGGGCCGUCUUCCCUGCUCCUUUGCCACGCACACAGUGCUUGGUUCAUAUACAGUCCAGUCAGAACUGGGCGAUUAUGAUCCAGAUGAAUACAGCACCGACUACGUCAGUGAGUUCCGCUUUGCUCCAAACCAAACCAAGGAACUCGAAGAGAAGGUCAUGGAGCUCCACAAGACCUACAAAGGGAUGAUGCCAGCUGAGGCUGAAAUGCACUUCCUAGAGAAUGUCAAAAAGCUGUCUAUGUAUGGAGUGGACCUCCAUCAUGCCAAGUUGGUAGGAAGCUUCUUUGAGUGCUUGUCUCCAGCUAAAGGAGAGGAUUCAGAGGGGGUGGAGAUAAUGCUAGGAGUGUGUUCAUCUGGCCUCCUCAUUUACCGAGACCGGUUGCGCAUCAACAGAUUUGCUUGGCCCAAAGUCCUCAAGAUUUCCUACAAGAGGAAUAACUUCUACAUCAAAAUCCGACCUGGAGAGUUUGAGCAGUUUGAAAGCACGAUCGGCUUUAAGCUCCCCAACCACAGAGCAGCUAAGAGACUCUGGAAGGUUUGCGUGGAGCACCACACCUUUUUCAGGUUGGUGUCUCCUGAAACUCCACCCAAGAAGUUCCUGACUCUUGGUUCCAAGUUCCGCUACAGUGGACGAACCCAAGUCCAAACGAGACGAGCCAGUUCACAAAUAGUUCGCCCAGCUCCCUACUUUGAGCGCUCCACCAGCAAACGCUACAUCAUGUCCCGCAGUCUAGAUGGAGAGAUGGGCACAGCAUUGUACGGGGCUGCAAAGGGCAUCGCCGUGAGUGACCUCAUCACCACAGUUACACCAGAGAAGAAGGCAGAGGAGAAGAGAUCGGAGGAGGAGGGACUGGUGCUCAUAGAAAAUGUUGUUGUGGAGGAAGAGGACGAGACGACCAAGGCUACAGAAGUGUCCCAGCCAAGUCCACCAACUCCUGUCCGACAAGACACAAGGACUGAUUUUACAGACACUGCUAUUGAUGGUGAAUUGACCGCUACUGAGUCGGAUCAGGAAGAUGAAUCUGAAAUAAGGAAUCAGGAAGUGGAUAAAACACCCAAUGAGCUGAUCAAACACCAGACCAAUAUUAGUGAGCUGAAGAGGACUUUCCUGGCGGAAGAUACUAACAAAUCAGGUUUAACAGAGUGGGAGAAGCGUCUCUCCUCGUCCCCGCUGCGAUCCCCCCGGCUGGACGAGGCUCCUAUGAUUGAACCCCUAGUGCCUGAAGAUACCAAAGAGGAUUCAGAAGCAGUGGCUGAGAAAGAGGAGAUUGCUAAAGGUACAGACCAACAGGACAGCCUGGAGGACAGGAAAGAUGAUGUGGAAUCUGAUGGUUGGGUAAUUAUAAACAAGGUUCCACCUAAGGUACCUGAAAAGAAAAACAUAGUCAGCUACAAAGUAGUGGGCAUUACUAACACUGUUACUGCUGACGAGGCUUUGGGAGAUGUAGCUCUCAAAAAGGCAUCAGCCAUACAGGAGGAAGUGCGUGAUAAGGCGUACACACUCGGCAAGUCCUAUGACACUACAACAGGGAAGAUCGUGACCACAACAAAAGAAGACGACUUUCCUUCCCCGACUCUCACAGUAGAGAAGAAGCAGCUCUGGGAUCAAACCAGCACCACAGCUGUGAAGCUCAUACCAGUCUCCACUGAGAAGCACGAGCCUGCAAUCCUGACAGGCACAGAAGCCAUAACGGCACCAGUGAUCACGGUUAAGGAAGCACGGACCCCUUCUCCAUCUGAGCCUACAGGCAUUGUGAAAUUGGUGGUAGCUACCCACUCCAGUGAGGACACUGAAGAGACAAAAAAGGCUGAGCUGAAGCUGCUUACAGAUUCCUCAAUGAGGGAGGCACUAACCCCUACGCCCAGAUCCCCUCUCAGGUCCCCGCUUAGAUCUCCACUCAAAUCUCCAUCGAAGUCAGUGGAACUGGCUGUGAGCCCCAGCUCAGGCCCUUAUCUAACCAAAACCUCUCCGACAGCCAGAGUGCCUAAGCCCACAUUCGAUGAGAUGUCUCCGGAGCUCACUGCUCUGUUAAAGUCUGCUCAUGAACAGCUCAGCACUCGUACCUGGUCCUCCUCCUCAACAACAACUGGGCAAACUCAAGCCAUGCUUAAGACAUCUACCGAUCCUGAGAGUACUCUUCAACAGCCAGCAGAUACACAGAAGCUUCCAGAAAAAGACCAGCCAAGAGAAGAGGAACAGGCAGUUGAUCUACAGCAGUAUCCCGUAUCAGAAAAGUCACAGGUUUCAUCACUGCUCCAGACAGAGGUCAUUACCUUUAGUAGUGCGUUGUCAGGUGAGACGGAGACACUGGUGGCACAGGAAAUGCCAGUGAUCCACACGGAAAUGAAGACCAUAACAUACGAAGCUCUGAAGGGUGAUACGGACAGUGACAAAGAGCCGGGGAUUCUGAUGAGUGCACAGACCAUCACCUCCGAAACCACCAGUACAACCACCACCACACACAUCACUAAGACUGUGAAGGGAGGUGUUUCAGAAACCAGGAUUGAGAAACGUAUUGUCAUCUCAGGGGAUGCAGACAUCGACCAUGAUGAGGCCCUGGCUCAGGCCAUUAAAGAAGCCAAAGAGCAGCACCCCGACAUGUCAGUGACCAAAGUAGUGGUCCACAAAGAGACUGAAAUCACACCAGAAGAUGGCGAGGAGUGAUGCAGGAUUAGUGUCUUCAUAGUUUCUGGAGCAGUCUCACCUACACCAUGCAAAUAAAGGACAUUUUGGAGAUGUUGCCUACGGAAGCAGCACCACAGAUACAUCCAUGGA